UUGCCUUUUUAAGCGAGCAAGGGGUAAUCGUCCAUCUCGGCCUAUCAGCUGCUAGUCCUUGGCACACGGCAUUACUACACUGUCCACCACUCCCCCUCCACCUUACACACACUUAUAACACCGGGCCCGCCGCCUGCUCGUCUCGGCACCAUAGACAGACUCAUUAACACGCCUGUCCUCGCUCACGCAGCCCUCUUCACCCACGUUCCAUCCUCACUGCCAGCUCAGCACUGGCCACUAGCUUCUACCCCGGAUUGCCACCCGUCCUUGUCUCGUGACAGCGCUCCGCACGUUACCUUCCACUCCGCCACCACGACUUCCACAACCACAUUGCCGUCUCUCACAACGUCUCGCCACAACCCGGCUCGCAAAAGAAUCUAUCUCGACAUUACCUGAACUCCAGCAGCAAUCGCAACAAUGUGUGUAGCCGAACUCUGCGUUACAGUACUUCCGUGCAAGCACCGCUGGUACCAUCUCGUCCGCCCAUGCACUCCUUCUAGCAACCUCUCCACAUGCGGCAAGAAGCUAGGAAUCUCAGGAUGGGAGGUCAAGUGCAACCACUGCCCUUACUGCCACGGCCACGUUUCCGAGUUUGAGUACAAGCUCAUUGGUGAUGGCCCAGCUCCUCCAGUUGGAUCCCUAUCCGGACUUGCGCGUGCACACUCUACCUCACUCAACGCAGCCCGUCGCGACAUCCGCCUCGACAACAUCACCCGCACCGACAGCGCCACCAGUGUAGGCAGCAAGAGCAGUCUCGUCACAGCAGCAUCAGAGAAGAACCGUGCCAUGAACUCGCGCCUGGAUGCCUACUUCUUCCCCUCGCCCGACUCACCAUACCCUGCUGUCCGCGAAGACGACAACGAGAGCAACCCUUGCGGAAGCCCCAGCGACACUUCAGUCAGCGACUACUCCAGCGUCCGCCACGCCUCCAUCUCCAUGCCAGCUGGCGCAGAGACGCACAAGGCCAACAUGCUCUCACGUGUGCGCCAACGAACCAAGCGCAUCUCUGGCAUCUUCCGAUGAUUGGCCACUGAUGUCAGCCA